CUUCUAUCCGAAGCGUACUUCCUCUAUAAAUACCGAAAAUGGAAGAGGAAGAAGAAGAGUUGCAGUUGGCGAGGCACAUGGUCAAUAGGAGGCGACGUGCACGCAAUGAGCGUCGUCAUGGUGGUUCGAUUCUAGGGCGUGUUAGGAUUCAUCGUGAUCACAUGAGCGGCGAUGCAAGAAUCUGAGCGGACUACUUUGGAGCGAACCCUGUGUACAUGGAUGCUCAAUUUCGUCGGAGGUUCCGCAUGCGUCGCCAUGUCUUUGAGCGCCUUGUUGAUGUUGUGCAACAAGUGGAUCCUUAUUUUAUUCAGCGUCCAAAUUGUGCGGGUGAGAUUGGUCUUUCUGCUCUACAGAAAGUUGUUGCUGCUGUUCGAAUCCUUGCUUACGGUAUUCCGGCUGAUGCCGUUGACGAAUACGUACGCAUUGGGGAAUCUACUGCUCAUGAGGCAUUGAAACACUUUUGCACGGCCGUCCAAACCGCGUUUGCUCCGUAUUAUCUUCGUGCACCAAAUGCAGAAGAUAUCGCACGCCUUCUCCAAGUUGGCGAGUCACGUGGGUUUCCUGGUAUGCUUGGUAGUGUUGAUUGCAUGCAUUGGGAGUGGCGUAACUGCGGAGUGCUGGCAGACACAACUCAAGGUUCAAUGGAAGAGCGCAACGACUUCGUCAAUCAAAGGUACAACCAACUGAAAGACCGCAACAAAUAUACUCAGCUUCAGGUAGAUCUGAUACACCAUCACUGGGCGCGACAUGGAGCCGGAGUGGCAUAGGAUGCAAUGAAACAAGUUCUGUCAUGGCUGUUAUUAUCUACUGUCGAACUGUCUUUGUUUACUUUACAUUGUAGUACUGUCUGUGUUAGUGUCAUGUCUGUUCUUAUCAAGUGUGUGUACUGUCUGUCUUAGUGUCGAACUGUCGUAGUGUCUCAUGGUGCUGUUUGAAUUCAAUAACAAGGAGUACUACUGUCAUGCAA